AUGGCUGCGCUCGCAAAGGCCAUCAACGCCAAGAUCCGGUCCAACCCGAUGCUGAGCUAUGUGUUCACGACUCACUUCUGGGGCCCCGUCUCGAACUUUGGAAUCCCCAUUGCCGCCGUCCUGGACACGCAGAAGAGCCCCGAUCUCAUCUCCGGACAGAUGACCGCUGCUCUGUGCGUCUACUCUGCGACCUUUAUGCGAUACUCCCUCGCCGUCUCCCCCAAGAACUACCUCCUCUUCGGAUGCCACGUCAUCAACGAGGCCGCCCAGCUGACACAGGGCUACCGCUACCUGUCAUGGCACUACUGGGGCGGCAAGCAGAAUGCGGCGCUGGAGGCGGGCGUCGAGGCUGGCAAAGAGGCGGCUCCUAUCAAAUAA